CUUGGUACCUUCUAGCAAGCCACAACUACAACUGUUCGGUCGCUGCUUUGAACACCGACUUUGCGCUCCCGCCUAAUUCCCGUUUUGAAUUGCUACUUUGAAUGCUUGCGAAAGUUUUUGACUCGCAGAUUUUGUUUUGUUGGAAUACAUUUUAGUUGGAAGCGUCUUUUUUCGACGGGUGGUAGACUAUGUGGAUGAUAAUGGAGCGGUACAGGUGAAGGUUUCAGAGUAAGAUAAAUGAGUUCCUAUUGCGAAGCACCUGUUGGGAGUGGAGAAUAUGAGUCGAGGACUUUUGUUAACCGGCGAGGGAAUUUUGCUAUUGAUUGACGAGGAGAUGAAAGGGGAUGAAAGGGAAUUAUCUGAGUUGACAAGGAGAUGAAAGGGGGUGUGUUUUUUCAAGACAUGAUGGUCAUGCAUAACGUAUCGUUCAAUGUGCGAUUGAGUGAAAGAUGGCGGUGCAAAUGAAUCGAUUGGGAUAGUAGUUUUGUGGUCAUAUGUGUAUCAUUUUCAACUCACAGAAAGACUUGAAGAGAAAUCUAAGGCCUGGAUGGUUUGUGACUGUAGCCCUUGACAUAAAUUGUAGGAAGAGUAGAGUUGAGCCGUUGAAGAUGAUGGGAUCUUUCAUUACCAGGGGAAUUAUCAUGGGACUUGGAUACAUUUGCCCAGCUUAUGAAUGUUACAAAGUAGUGGACAGACCAAGGGCAGACUUAGAGAACUUGCGAUUCUGGUGCCAAUACUGGAUGAUAAUUGCAGUGGUGACUGUGUUAGAAAGGCUGGGAGACAUUUUCAUUUCGUGGAUGCCUAUGUAUUGUGAGGCAAAACUCGCUUUCAUAAUUUAUCUUUGGUACUCUAAGACUAUGGGAACAACUUGUUUGUACUCUAAACUUUUAAAGCCGUUCGUGGCUAAACAUGAAUCGGAAAUUGACCAUAACUUGAAUGAACUAAAGACCAGAGCUGGUGAAAUAGCCCUUGUCUGGUGGCAGAAAUGGUCAAUUCACGUGCAGGCUCGAUUUCAUGAGCUGCUCCAAUUUCUCGCACGUCAGUCCGACAGAGCCCAAGAAGGCGCGCGUGGAUCUUCAUCUCGGUCUCAUGCCCUGAACAUCCCCCGAGGACUUACUCAGGGUGCUCUUCUAUCGCAUCCUCCACCGCCUCCACCAGGAAUUACAGGUUCUCCGGCGGCUUCCUAUCCUUCUUCGCAAGGCUCUCAAGCUGGCCAGAGGAUAUACCCGCCUCCACUGUCCCACUCUACUGGAGUCCAUGUCCAACAUCAGUUAAGGCCACUCGGGAUAUUUGAUGGCGAGGGAGAUUCAGACCAUGAUGUUGUCGAAUAUCAUUUAGGGGAGCGUGCUGAGCAUCAGUCUGAGGAACGGUUAGAGCGAUUAGUUCCAUCAGCUGGAGGACAAAAUCUGCCUCCAGGAGUUCAAAACACAAGGAUUCGCUUGCAGACUGAUAGUCCCGGGAAUCUGUCCAUCUGGUUGCCUGCAUGGCUUGGUAGUACAGCCCCCAAGAAGGUUGAUUUACAAGAAGGUUCUCGUCGAUAUUUUGGAGCAUCUUAUUCUUUUCAAUUGAUCUAGCUGAGCAUGUCUCGUGCGCAGUGCUUCAGUAAGAAAUAGACAUGAUGACAUCCGUAUUCGUUUCUGUGUAUGAAAUACAACAUUGCGACGAAGUUUUAAAUAACAUUGCGAGGUAAGUUUAGAAUUCACUGCCUACAGGUGGGAAGUUACAAGGUCUGGUGGCUAACUUUUUCUCCGUGCAAUUUGUGUAAUUAGUAUUACGGAUUUUAACCGGAUGUUUCAAUUUAUAUUUCCUAGAAACUAGAUUGAUUACAAAGUUGUACAUAACAUUUUGAGAUUAAUCCAUUUUCCCAUUUUUUGUGACUA